CUCCGAAGCCAUCACUCCUUUUUCUUACUUGGCCCUUCUUUAUACCGUAACAUUUGAUGUUAUCUUAACAUACUGGCUUGACGGGGUAGAUAACCUAUUCAUAUAUCAGCCCCGUACAGUUCGUGCAUAGAUGCCCAGCCCUUUCUCCGUGAUUUAGCCGACCGGCAUCCUGUGUUUGUGCGAUCGGAUCCCUCAAUCCGGGGGGAGAGGAGGAGCACCAGUAGAGUUGCGCGUAGGGCCGAGCUGCCACCUCAACAUGGAGUAGCCCUGCGUCCUCAACAACAGAAGCGGACCACAAAGAGGAAUACACGACUGCCUCUUCUAGUAGCAGGGGGUACCGCUAAUGAUCCUGUAUCAAAUAUUCACAAUUUACGUAAAGGAAGGAUAGGAAAUCAUUGCAAAAAUGGCGAACGACUCUCCAGCAAAAAGUCUGGUAGAGAUAGAUCUGGCUUCAUUGCGGGAUCCAGCUGGGAUUUUUGAAUUGGUGGAAGUGGUCGGAAAUGGCACCUAUGGACAAGUAUACAAGGGGCGGCAUGUCAAGACUGGGCAGCUGGCGGCCAUCAAGGUCAUGGAUGUCACCGAGGACGAAGAGGAGGAGAUUAAACUGGAGAUCAACAUGCUGAAGAAAUACUCCCACCACAGAAACAUAGCCACGUACUACGGUGCUUUCAUCAAGAAGAGCCCCCCAGGACACGACGACCAGCUCUGGCUGGUGAUGGAGUUCUGUGGCGCUGGCUCCAUCACGGACCUUGUGAAGAACACCAAGGGCAACCAGCUGAAGGAAGACUGGAUCGCUUAUAUCUCCAGAGAGAUCCUUCGGGGCCUGGCCCACCUGCACGCCCAUCACGUCAUCCACCGGGACAUCAAGGGCCAGAACGUCCUGCUGACCGAGAACGCCGAGGUCAAACUCGUGGACUUUGGUGUGAGCGCCCAGCUGGACCGCACCGUGGGGCGGCGGAACACCUUCAUCGGCACGCCCUAUUGGAUGGCCCCAGAGGUCAUCGCUUGUGACGAAAACCCAGACGCUACUUACGACUACAGGAGUGACCUGUGGUCUUGCGGCAUCACAGCCAUCGAGAUGGCUGAAGGAGCCCCGCCGCUGUGUGACAUGCACCCGAUGCGAGCCCUCUUCCUCAUCCCCAGGAACCCUCCCCCAAGGCUGAAGUCUAAGAAGUGGUCCAAGAAGUUCUUCAGCUUCAUCGAGGGCUGCCUGGUGAAGAACUACACCCAGCGGCCCCCCACCGAGCAGCUUCUGAAGCACCCAUACAUCCGGGACCAGCCCAACGAGCGGCAGGUGCGCAUCCAGCUGAAGGACCACAUCGACCGCACCAAGAAGAAGAGGGGCGAGAAAGACGAGACAGAGUACGAGUACAGCGGCAGCGAGGAGGAAGAGGAGGACCCCCAGGAGCAGGAGGGAGAGCCCAGCUCCAUCGUCAACGUGCCGGGCGAGUCCACCCUGCGCCGCGACUUCAUCCGCCUGCAGCAGGAGAACAAGGAGCGCUCGGAGGCGCUGCGCCGCCAGCAGCUCCUGCAGGAGCAGCAGCUCAGGGAGCAGGAGGAGUACAAGAGGCAGCUGCUGGCCGAGAGGCAGAAGCGCAUCGAGCAGCAGAAGGAGCAGAGGAGGAGGCUGGAGGAGCAACAGCGCCGCGAGCGGGAGAUGCGGCGGCAGCAGGAGCGCGAGCAGCGGCGCCGCGAGCAGGAGGACAAGCGGCGCGUGGAGGAGAUGGAGCGCCGGCGGAAAGAGGAGGACGAGCGCCGGCGGGCCGAGGACGAGAAGAGGAGGGGCGACCGCGAGCAGGAGUACAUCCGGCGUCAACUGGAGGAGGAGCAGAGGCACCUGGAGAUCCUGCAGCAGCAGCUGCUGCAUGAACAGGCCAUGCUGUUGGAGUUCAAAUGGCGGGAGCUGGAGGAGCAGAGGAAGGCCGAGCGUCUCCACAAGCUCCUGCAGCAGGAGCAGACCUACCUGCUGUCCCUCCAGCAGGACCGCAAGCAGCCCGCGCCGUGCCACAAGACCCCCGACCCCGACAGGGCGGCCCCGGACUGUCCCCCAGCCCUCCAGACAGGCCCCCCAGACAGCAGCGUCGCCACGACAGCCCCGCUAGCCCCGCUACCCCCUCCCCCUGACGGUGUCGUCGCUGCGCCACAGACGACAGGGCUGCCAGAGGCGGGCAGGGCCGUGUCCGCGGAGGUCGAUAAGACCCCUCAGAGCCCCCGCGCCCCCCCGGUCCCUGACCGCCACCGGGACGAGACGUCCCCUGGCGCUAACCCGCUCCCCGACAGUUGUAGCCUCCCUAAGAACGACGGGCCCGACGCCCUUAACCCCCCUCAGACAGGACACCCGGAGCCCACCGUAGACCCUGUCUGUCAUCCUCCUUGGCCAGUCAGAGAGGCCGAUGAACGGUACCGCAAAAAUAUCCAGGGCUCCCCUCAGACCGCCCCCACAAAGCAACCCCCCGUCCCUCCCCGCUCUGAACCCUUCUCCAACGGGGGCUCCUCCGAGUCUGCUCAGCCUGCCAUGCACCGGCCCAUGGAACCACAGGUCCAGUGGUCCCACCUGGCCGCUCUUAAGAGCAGCGGCGGCGCCGCCCCUGCUCCUCCUCCCCCCGUCGUGUCGCGCUCCCACUCCUUCAGCGAGCCCGGCGCCGCCGUCGUCUCGAACUUUGCCCACCUCCACCUGCGCCCCCAGGAGCCUCCCCCGCACGCCCACCUCCACCACAAACAGGCACCCUCACCCGCACGCACUGACCCCACCCAGCCCCACCCCUCCCUCCACCAGCCCCCGCCCCGGGCCGAGCAGCCCGCCCCGGGCGUCAGUGAGGAGGUGCCCCCCAGGGUCCCUGUGAGGACCACGUCCAGGUCCCCGGUGCUGUCCCGCCGCGAGUCCCCCCUGCCUGGAGGAGCGCAGGCUAACAACCAGGCAGUGCAGAGGAAUGUCGGCAGUAAUGCGGAGCCUCGUCUGCUGUGGGACAGAGUGGAGAAGCUGGUUCCCAGGCCAGGCAGCGGCAGCUCCUCUGGGUCCUCCAACUCCAGCUCCCAGGCCGGCUCUGGAGAGAGGUUCAGGCCUCGCUCUUCUUCCAAGUCUGAGGGCUCCCCGCUGCAACGCCCCGAGAAUGCUGCCAAAAAGCCGGAGGAAAAGAAGGAGUUUGCCAGACCCAACCGGCCAGCCGACCUGACGGCCCUGGCCAAGGAGCUGCGGGCGGUGGAGGACGUGCGCCCCCCCAACAAGGUGACGGACUACUCCUCGUCCAGCGAGGACUCGGGGACCACGGACGAAGACGACGACGAGGAAGUGGACCAGGACGGAGGGGAGGAGUCCACCUCCGGGGCCGAGGACUCCAGGGCCGGACGACUGAGCAACGGGGAGACAGCGUCCCUGAAGACUCUGCUGGCUGACGACUCUGAGAGCGACCAGGCCACCACGCCCUCCAAGGACGGCACCCUGGUCAUCCGACAGAGUGCAGGUGAAAAAAAGCGCCCGGUCGCUGUCUCCCAGGCUGGGCCAGGGCCCGGCCACGGUCAGCCUCCUCCCCUCAUUCACUUCCACCCGGAGAAAAACGGCUUUGCUGGCGGCAUUCACCUCCUCCCAGACCUUAUCCAGCAGAGUCACCACCCCCCCUCCCCGUCCACCGCCUCCUCCUCCACCUCCUCCCCCUCCUCUAGCCAUAUCAGCCCUGCCAUGUCCCCCCAGACCCCCCUGGACAAGCUCACUGUCAUGGAGACUCAGUCGGCCAGUAACACCCUCCAGAAACACAAGUCGUCUUCCUCCUUCACGCCCUUCAUAGACCCCCGCCUGCUGCAGAUCUCCCCCUCCAGCGGCAGCUCCCUCAACAACAUGGCAGCGUUCGGGAACGAAGGCCGCCUAGCGGACGCUCUGAGGGCUGACCCGUCCCGUAAGGGCUCCGUGGUCAACGUAAACCCGGUCAACACGCGCCCGCAGAGCGACACGCCGGAGAUCCGAAAGUACAAGAAGAGGUUCAACUCUGAGAUCCUGUGCGCUGCUCUCUGGGGUGUGAACCUGCUGGUGGGGACGGAGAGCGGUCUGAUGCUGCUGGACCGGAGCGGUCAGGGGAAGGUCUACCCUCUCAUCAGCAGGCGGCGCAUCCAGCAGAUGGACGUCCUGGAGGGCCUCAACGUCCUGGUCACCAUCUCAGGCAAGAAGAACAAAUUGCGAGUGUACUACCUGUCCUGGCUGAGGAACAAGAUUUUGCACAAUGACCCUGAGGUGGAGAAGAAACAGGGCUGGACCACUGUCGGGGAACUGGAGGGAUGUGUACACUACAAAGUUGUGAAAUACGAGAGGAUCAAGUUCCUUGUCCUUGCCUUGAAGAACUCUGUGGAGGUCUAUGCGUGGGCACCAAAGCCCUACCAUAAGUUCAUGGCCUUUAAGUCAUUUGGUGACCUGGUGCACAAGCCCUUGCUGGUGGACCUGACAGUGGAGGAGGGACAGAGGUUAAAGGUCAUCUACGGCUCCUCUUCCGGCUUCCACGCUGUGGACGUGGACUCGGGGGCGGUCUACGACAUCUACCUUCCCACACAUAUCCAGACCCACAUCCAGUCCCACGCCAUCAUCAUCCUGCCCAACACGGACGGCAUCGAGCUGCUGGUGUGCUACGAGGACGAGGGCGUCUACGUCAACACGUACGGACGCAUCACCAAGGACGUGGUGCUGCAGUGGGGCGAGAUGCCCACCUCCGUGGCCUACAUUAGGUCCAACCAGAUCAUGGGCUGGGGAGAGAAGGCCAUAGAGAUCCGCUCUGUGGAGACGGGUCACCUGGACGGGGUGUUCAUGCAUAAGAGGGCCCAGAGACUCAAGUUCCUGUGCGAGAGGAACGACAAGGUGUUCUUUGCGUCCGUGCGUUCUGGAGGCUCCAGCCAGGUGUACUUCAUGACCCUGGGCCGCACCUCACUGCUCAGCUGGUAGUAAGGGAACGGCCCCCCGAAAACCUGGAAGACGACAACCGCGGAAUGACGAACGGAAGAUGAAUACGACGAUGACGACGAUGACGAAGACCGUAAAACCUUGAAGCCGGACGCGGGACUGGAGCAACCCGAGCUUUUCCGAUCAUCUGAGGGGAAGAAGAAGAGAAAAAAAAGACCUGUAACAAUCGGAGAGACUCUAGCCCCGAGGGCUCAUGGGGUCUGUGUGUGUGUGUCACGUGGCUGCGCUGUCCUCAAGCCUACGAGCGCCGCAGACUGGGAAGGAGAAUACCCCUCCUCCCUGGGUUUCGACCCCGAGCCCUGCUACACCUUGACAUGUUGAAGCCUAUUCCUCCCCGGUACCACCGCUGUCGGAGACGGGUUCUGAAAACUUCUGUCAUUGUAAACUUCUGUUUCAUAGUAAAACUAGUGUGCGUACGUGUGGCAGGAACGGUGUGCGUGUCCCGUGUGUGUGUGCGUGGGGAUCUUGGUGUCGGCGUGAAAGAGAGAGAGAAUGUCGAUGGGAGGGGAGUUAUAGAACAGGGUCGGGCAUCGAUAGAUAGGAGGAGCAAGCCUGUUGCACCAAACAGACUGUAGUUGUGUGUUACUGUGUUAGUCCAGGAAAUGUCAGGUCACUUUAACAGAUCUUUGACAAGGGUGGGCUUCUGUGUCAAAAUGUUUCUUGAAUCAUUUCCUGUAACCACGAUGCAAAAUGGUUAUACAGUAUGUCCACAUUAGCUGUACUUGAUUAUUGAAAACUCAGUCUUGCCUGUCUUCACUUAUUUGGCCUUUCUUUUGAUAGGGGCUGUGCUUUGGGGAUAUAAUAUAACCUCCCCCCUUCCAUAUGUCAUCAAACAGAGAGUAAUGUAUUGUUAUACCUAAAGGACACAUUCUCUGAACUGUGACUUGUGUUGCAUUAACUCACUUGGGUGAUGUAGGACAAACUGUGAAUUGGUAAUAGAGGUUGACAUUAACGUAGCAUGAUGACCAGAAGUGGAUUAAAUGUCUUGAUUGAAAUUAUAUUAUAUACUCCAAAUAUUGAAACGUUUAAGGGUAAAUUUACAACCCAGUUCUGCAACCACUGGUUUGAUUUCCACUUCUUUGAAAGGGUCCCUCCACUGAAUUCAGAAUGUCAAUGGGUUGUCUCUCUGUUCAGAGGGAGAUUUAAACUCCAUUUCAUUUUGAUCCUGUGCCAUCAAGUGUGCAAAAUGUGUAACAUCCAUGUAGAAUGCAGCCAUGGAAUGCGUGGCUCUGAUCUCCAGUGUAACUAACUACAGGUCUAUGCGGUUGCCUUAGACUUGGUCACAAACUGAAAUGAACCCCAGUUUUUAAAUAGCCCUCUGUAGGGUCUGAAGACUUACUAUGAUGAAGCAUGGUCCCCACAUAGGGGCACUUUGAUAUACAAUAGCUGUGUGAUUCUUUGUUGGAUUCCUCAAUGCUGACAUAACCUGCCAUAGUCGGGUAUCUUCACCGCCUCACUUCAUAGUUAUUGUUUUGGUCUAGUGUGUCCACGGUCACUGGUGUGAUCCAGACCCACAGGCUCAACCAGACACCUCAUGAAUCAUCUCUUCCUCCAGCUGGUCCAAAACAGGUCUGGCUGUCUUUCAGGAGUAAACACCUCAACCCUGAGAAGUCGUGGCAUUGACAGACAUCUCUUAUAAAGUGUGUAUGGACUAAUGCCUAUUGUGAUGUGAGUCACAACUCAGAACUAGGGUGUCUAGUUUUCCUCUGAGCCUUUUCCAGUGGACUUCUGGUCAUUCAGAUGUGACCCGGGCUUAAAGUGUGACGACCUUAUGAGUAGAGCGCUGUUGGAACAGACUGGGUGGGUUUGCACUCUCCAGCCUGGUGACAGCAGGCCAUGACAUGGCAAAAUGUCACACAUUUUAUUGAACAGUGUUACAAAACCACUACAGCCUGCACCAACAAAACAUUUCUAACUUCAAGAUUUAGGUUUUUAGUUUUUGUUUCUGUACUUUUGUGUAACCCUUAUAAUUAUGAGACUGCAGUGGUUUAAAAUAAUAAAUAAUUGUAAUGCACACCCUUAUGUUGAAAAUGUUUACAGAAGCAAUGUUUUGUUAAACCGACGUGCAUCGAUAUUAAUAUUUAUGGUUCAUUUGAGGGCAACUUUCCCUUUUGUAUUUUGUAUUAUCCCUUUUGUAUUAUCAUUUCAAGGUUUAAGUACAGGAAUAAUCCUUGACAUUUGCUCACGUUUCAAUCUAAACACAAUUCAGAGUGUGAAUCACUGAUUAUCCACAGUGGACUACACACUGUGCCCUUGGCUGUGUGGUAACGUUGUCAUAAUGUUCUCAGCUGCCUAGGUGCCAGGUGACAUGUUUUCCUUCAGGUGUUUCUACCGUGCUACUCUAAUUUAUGUCCUUUGUGUAUUAUGGGAAUUCUUGUAUUUUCCUGAGUCUUUUUUCCAUUGAAUAAAAUCUUGAAGUAAUUUA